AUGUCGACUGAAAAACGGAGCGAUGGUGGUCAAGGGGCUCCACAUGAUAGACAAGGUACGGAAGCACACUCGGAUGAAGGAUCUGAGAAGAAGGUGACCGCUGUAGGAAACGAAAAUGAAGAAAAGACACCGGAGAAGGGUGGUGAGGAAAUUCAAGAGAAGCCAAAAAAUCCCCAUAUUACUUAUUACAAUGAAGAGCAGUACAAACAGUUUAUCGGCCAGGCAAGAGUUACGGGAGGUAAGUACAGCUUACAAGAUUUCCAGAUAUUAAGGACAUUAGGGACGGGUUCCUUUGGCAGGGUACAUUUGAUUAGAUCAAGGCACAAUGGGAGAUAUUACGCGAUGAAAGUGCUUAAAAAGGAAAUUGUGGUGAGGUUGAAACAGGUGGAACAUACGAACGAUGAGCGAUUGAUGCUUUCCAUCGUCACACAUCCAUUUAUUAUAAGGAUGUGGGGCACCUUCCAGGACGCUCAACAAAUCUUUAUGAUCAUGGAUUAUAUUGAAGGUGGCGAGUUGUUUUCCUUAUUAAGAAAAUCCCAACGAUUUCCUAACCCGGUCGCCAAGUUCUAUGCUGCCGAAGUUUGUUUAGCUUUGGAGUACUUGCAUAGUAAAGACAUCAUUUAUAGGGAUUUGAAGCCUGAAAAUAUACUGCUCGAUAAAAACGGGCACGUGAAGAUAACAGACUUCGGAUUUGCUAAGUACGUUCCAGAUGUCACGUACACGUUGUGUGGUACUCCGGAUUACAUAGCGCCUGAAGUAGUCAGUACCAAACCAUAUAAUAAGUCCAUCGAUUGGUGGAGUUUUGGCAUUCUAAUUUACGAAAUGCUGGCGGGAUACACUCCAUUUUACGAUUCUAAUACAAUGAAAACUUAUGAGAAGAUUUUAAAUGCCGAGUUAAGAUUCCCGCCAUUUUUCAACGACGAUGUCAAAGAUUUAUUGAGUAGAUUGAUUACUAGAGACUUAAGUCAAAGGUUGGGUAAUUUACAGAAUGGCACAGAAGAUGUCAAAAACCAUCCUUGGUUCAAAGAAGUUGUCUGGGAAAAACUACUGUCUAGGAAUAUAGAAACACCGUAUGAACCCCCCAUUCAGCAGGGGCAAGGUGACACUUCUCAGUUUGACAAGUACCCCGAGGAAGACAUCAACUAUGGCGUUCAAGGAGAAGACCCAUACGCUGAUCUUUUCAACGACUUUUAA